GCUUCAGUUCGCCGUCAACUUCGCUCCGUUCCGUUUGCCACAAUGAUUCGUUUGUGCAUCGAUGUGCACCGUCAAUUAAUAUAAACAAAUACAACUAAGAGAAUGUUAGUGAACUUUGUGCUAAACAGAGAAGUGGAAGUGCAAACUCAACUUACAACCAACUUUUUACUUUGCUUAAUCAAAGAGCCAAGCUGUCCACCCUUUUUUUGAAGUCUCAGUGGAGCUGUCUAGCCAUCCCGCUCGCACACGGCUUGGCAAUCGAUAAGCUUAACAGCGGGGCUGUCCACUCGUCGGCUGCUGUUACUGUUAAACUUAGACAGCGAGUGUUUAAGGUAAAAGUUUCGAGCGACACGUCAAAAUAGUCGCCAUUUAAAAAGGACGAGUCGCAGUCGCAGUUGAAACGUUGAGUGAGAAGCUUUUCGUCGCGCUUUGCCAAUUCGCAAGUGUGUAAAAUAUACUAUCGAAAAUGAAACUACAAAUUCAAUAUACAAAUAUGUAUAAGGCUUGUUGUUAAAAAUAGCCGCUGAAGCUUUAGCACAACAACAAGUGCAUUUGUGCAACUUAAGUGAUCGAAAUUGAUUGUAACGAAAUUGGAACGCUGGCCGAAACCCGUUUAUCUCCAAUGAGGCGACACAUUCGGCGGAAGGAAAAUUCAUAAAUGAAAGCUUCUAAUUGCCGGAGAAUGACAAACGCGACAAGAAAUCAGCGCGAGCGAACAAAAGCAAAGCAAACUUUUUAGGCAGCCCUAAAAGCAGCAGCAGCAGCAGCAGCAGCGAAAGCCGCGAAAAUUGAGCCACCGAAGCGGCGGCGAUGCUGUUGAUGCCCACAUCCUGUGGGCCGGGGCCACCACCCACCGACCUCGGCCCCUCAUCCUCAUUCUCGUCCUUGCCCCCGCCAACCCAACGAGCGGCAGAUGAUGGAGACACAGUGCGGAGGUCAGGGACCCAGGCCCCAAGGACUAUUUCGGGGUCGAGCAUUCCCCAAUGGCUGAUAAUCCUCCUCGGUCUCUUCGCCAUUCUCGCCCAGACACCAAGCAGCCAGGUGGCCGCCGAGAAGAGUAAACACUAUUACAUGCAGUCGCUGUGUAAGAACCACUUCCUGCAGCAGCUGUAUCGGAAAAUCGAUGGGGCCGUGCUGUGGUCGCAGAACGAGCGGAACCUGGACUGCAUCAUUACCUUCCAGACGCACUCGGUGCUGCAGCGCUUCAUGCUCCGCUUCGACAUGCUGCAGCUCGACUGCAACGAUCACCUGCUGGUCUACGAUGGAGCCCAUGCCGUGGCCACGCCCAAGAUUGACAUCUCCUGUCGCAACACAAAGAACACCGUCAACGCGCUCCUGACGCGCACGAACUUUGUGACUCUGAAGUACGUGACCGAUGGCUGGGGAACGGAUGCGAACGGCUUCAAGUUGGUGAUUACGUCGGUGAAGGAUCCCAAGCACACCUGCAAGGAUUUCACCUGCGCCACCCGCGAGUUCUGCAUCCAUCCGGAUCUCCUCUGCGACGGCAUCAACCACUGCGGCGACAACUCCGACGAAUCAGUGCAGAAUUUGUGCCAGAGUGAGACGAGCUCCACGGUUUUCGGCCUGGACAUGACCUGGUUCGUCCUGAUCGUGGUGGGCGUCCUGCUCGUCCUGAGUGCCCUCAUCGUGGCGGUGGCCAUUUGCGUGUGCCGUCGCCAGGACGAGAACGCCGCCAACGCGAACACAGCGCUCCAGAUGCACCACACGGCCGACACGAACGGGUCGUCGAAGCAUCUGCACUACCACGGCCUCAGUGUCGGCGGGACACUGACGCGGGAGCACGGGCACACUCAACUGCCGGCGUCGGGAAACUGGCAUCACCCUGCGGGACCAUCCGGGUACCACCGCACUCCACACAACUACUUGAAGAUGGCCACCAAAGUCCGUCCCAUUUGGUGCUUGGCAAAUUCCGUCAAUUAGGUCAAGAUCUUUCGCACAACUCCGCCGGGCUCAGCCAGACGAACAUCGCCGGGUCUGGGCAUCCCAAUGCCAACGCCGUCGGCGCUGCGCAGAAGGACGAGUGGUUCGUCUAGGACCAGGCAGCACUGUGGAACGACCGAUUGACUUGAG